GGUAGCAGUUAGGGGAGGAUUUUGCAAGUGUAUGGCACAGACGACGAUGUUGCAGCUACAAAAAGGAUCAGCUUACCUUGCGGCAAGAUCAUUUCUCAAGUGACUACCGUGCAGUGCAGAGCAGCAGUAGCAGCAGAAGAGCAGAAGCAUCAACAACAUCAGCAAGUGCCGCCGUUCAACGUGGAUCAUUUGCAUUGCCAGCUUUAACUACAAACAAACUAAAGACACAACACAAGCCAAAUCACAAUGGCAGUGCAGGGUCAGAGAUUUAUGACCAAGACGCAGCACUACCGCAAGGUGACCAAGCCACUGCUGGAGCGCAAGAGGCGGGCCCGCAUGAACCUGUACUUGGACGAGCUGAAAGACCUCAUUGUGGAUACGAUGGACGCGCAGGGCGAUCAGGUCAGCAAGCUGGAGAAGGCCGAUAUACUGGAGCUGACGGUCAACUAUCUGAAGACACAGCAGCAGCAGCGCCUCGCCAGUCCAGCGUCGCCAUCUUCCGCAUCCUCCACCUCCCAAGUGAAUUUAGACAAAUUCCGUGCGGGCUAUACCCAGGCCGCCUACGAGGUCUCGCACAUAUUCUCCACCGUUCCGGGCUUGGAUCUCAAGUUCGGCACACACCUGAUGAAGCAGCUGGGCCACCAGCUAAAGGACAUGAAGGAGGAACGGGACACAUCAGAACUAAGCGAGGAGCCCGUCAAUCUCUCCGAUCGCAAAUCGGAGGCGCAUCAGCACGAUGAGCGCCCCAUCACCCCUCAGGAGGAGGACAAUGACAACCCCAAUGGCGAGGAUGUGUGGCGGCCCUGGUGAACCUCACGAAACCCAUUAACCCAUCAACUCAGCAGCUUUACUACUCUGGAUUUAGUUCGUAGGCCAUAAAGAUAUUCAGAAACGAUCCAAGUUUUCCAAGGUGUAGUGUAAACAUUUGCCUCAGAAUUGUAUUUACAACCAAUAGUAGCUAUUAUUUGAUAUGAUGUGAUGUUCCUGUGAUAGUUCUUAAGUUCGUAUUUUUUAUUUGAUCUCCCAUAGAUGUAUAGAAAGCACAUUUAUAAUUAUAUAUAAUUUAUUGUAUUUACCAUAAGCAAGAGUAUCCCCAUUGAUCUUCCACUUAGUUUUAUUAAGGAAAUACAUACAUUUUUUGUAUACUUAACAGGUUCCAUAUGCUUUACAACAUUUACAAUUAAUA